AUGACUGCAAUUAUGAUCAUGUGCAGCAUCGGGCCCACUGACAUGAUUUCAUUGGCAUGGAAGACAGCAGCUGCAGUUGCCCAAGAACAGGUGCCACUCUCUGUCUGUACUGCAAGUUGCCCACUUGGACAAAGAAAAGCUGACCAGCAAGGACGACCUAAAUGCUGCUUUAUGUGUAUCCCCUGCUCAGAGGGUGAGAUUGCCAACCAGACUGAUUCUGUUGAAUGCCUUAAGUGCCCUGAUGAUCAUAUGUCUAAUGACAGACGAGACAAGUGCCUUCCAAAAGUUUUGGAGUUUCUUGCCUAUGAAGACCCUCUUGGGGCAACAUUAGCAGCCUUAGCCUUUGGCUUUGCAAUGAUGCCCACAACAAUCUUAAUCAUUUUUAUUCAACACAAGGAUACUCCGGUGGUUAGAGCCAACAACAGAGAGAUUAGCUAUCUCCUUCUCACUGCCUUGAUACUGUGCUGUCUCUGCUCUUUAAUUUUUAUUGGUCGACCCAAUACAGUGACAUGUGUAAUCCGACAAGCUGCCUUUGGGAUUGUUUUUACACUCUGUGUUACCUGUGUACUGGCUAAAACCAUUAUGGUGGUCUUAGCAUUUAAAGCUACAAAUCCAAACAGUUACCUAAGGAAAUGGGUGGGGCCUACACUACCGAGUAUCAUGAUCUUGUGUUGCACAUUCUUUCAGAUUAUUUUGUGCAUUUUAUGGCAACUGACAUCUCCUCCAUUCCCAGAAGCAAACAUGAAAUUCCUGAGUGGGACAAUAAUAAUUGAAUGCAAUGAAGGUUCUGUUGUUGCAUUCUGGUGCAUGCUGGGAUACAUGGGUAUCCUGUCUUGUGCCAGUUUUGUAGUGGCUUUUAUAGCUAGAAGAUUGCCUGAUAGUUUUAAUGAAGCCCAGUUUAUUACUUUUAGCAUGGUGGUGUUCGUCAGUGUAUGGCUCUCAUUCAUCCCAGCCUACCUUAGCACAAAGGGGAAGUACAUGGUUGCCGUGGAGAUAUUUGCUAUCUUGUCUUCCAGUACUGGUUUGCUCAGCUGUAUAUUUCUGCCAAAAUGCUACAUCAUUUUACGGCAGCCUCACAUGAAUACUAGAGAAUAUCUAAUGGGGAAAGGAUCCACUGACAAAAGAACAGGCAAAUAG